AUGAGCAGUCGAAACGUUUUACGACGAGGUUUGAAAACCUCCUCCUCUUUCGCGCAGUCGUUGCCGGCUUUGAAAGAGCGAUCGGCGGCGGCAGCAACGACGAAACCGUCCAUUUUCUCCCAAAUCUUCGGUGGAUCGGCGACGAAGCAACCGCCGAUGGACGAACCUAUGCCGAAUGUUAUCAUUCCCGAAAGCCCGAUCUACCCGAAAGAAGCGCCAAAAACUUUGGUCACGACGCUUUCAAACGGGGCCACGAUUGCCUCAGAAAACACUCCCGGGGCGACCAUGGCCGUCGGUUUAUACUUGGAAAGUGGAAGUAAGUACGAGCAGCCGUACAUGUCAGGCGCUUCGCACAUGCUCGAAAGAAUGGCUUUCAAAGCGACGACGAACAGAACGAACUUUCGAAUUACGAAAGAGGCGGAAGUGAUGAGCGCGAGUUUAUUAGCCGCGGCGUCGAGAGAACAAAUGUCUUACACCGUGGAUGCGUUAAAAACGCAUUUACCAGAGGCAGUGGAGUUGCUUUGCGAUUCGGCUUUGAAUCCGAAGCUCGCUAACCACGAAGUCGCGAAGAUGGCGAAAGACUUGAAGAAAGAAAUCGAAGAGCUCAAAACGAAUCCACAAGCUAUGUUGAUGGAGGCUGUGCACUCGACGGCGUACGACGGAGGAUUAGGAAACGCACUUUUAGCCUCGCAAGAAUCUAUAGACGCGAUUGACGGCGACGCUUUGCGCGAAUUCAUCGCCGAAAAUUACGUCGCACCGAGAAUGGUCUUGGCGGCUUCGGGCGCGGAUCACCAAGAGUUGGUGUCCAUCGCGAGUCCAAUGUUGGAGACUGUCAGUAAAGGUUCGGCGACGACGACGGGCAAAGAAAUUCCGUCGAAAUAUAUGGGCGGUGACUUUCGAGUGAAGAAUGAAUCUCCACUCACGAGUUUAAUUUUAGGUUUUGAAUUCCAAGGAGGAUGGAGAGACGCGAAGCGAUCCACGGCGGUGACUGUUUUAUCCAUGCUGCUUGGAGGUGGUGGAUCCUUCUCCGCGGGUGGUCCGGGAAAAGGAAUGUACUCUAGAUUGUACACGCGCGUGCUCAAUAGAUACGGAUGGGCUCAAAACUGCACGGCAUUUCACUCGAUUUACAACGACACCGGCAUCGUAGGGAUUUCCGCCAUGACGGAUGGACAACACGUCAACGAUAUGAUCGCCGUUAUGGCCGAGGAGUUAUCCGCGGUUGCAAACGCGAGCCAAAUCACGGACGAAGAAGUCGAGAGAGCGAAGAACGCGACGAUUUCUUCAAUUUUGAUGAACUUGGAAUCCAAAGCUGUCGUCGCCGAAGACAUUGGAAGACAAAUGUUGACGUAUAACCACAGAAAAUCGCCGGAAGAGUUCAUCGCCGAAGUGAGCAAGUUGACGAAGCAAGAUUUGUCAGAAGUAGCCGCGCAAAUGUUAAAAUCAAAUCCGACGCUGUGCUUGUCCGGCGAUAUCGCCGGCGCUGCGCGAUUCGAAACCGUCAGAGCCAUGUUCUAA